CCCAAAGGAAGGCGGAGCCCCGGAGGUCUUCUACUGUCCCGAGCGAGGACGUGCUUUUCUGUCGGGGUGCAGCCUCAGUUUCCCUAUCUCAUGCUGACCUUCCUCGCGCGAGCGCCCCGUCCUCUCCUCUCCGGCUCAGCCGGCAGCCCAGGGAUGCAACCUAUGGCGGCAGCACGUCGAGGUUUGGGCAGCAGCAGCAGCAGCAGCAGCAAGAAACUGGUGGAGUGUUUCUACGACGUGCUGUCUCCGUAUUCCUGGCUGGGAUUCGAGGUUCUCUGCCGCUACCGUCCCAUCUGGAACAUGGAGCUACGUUUCAGACCUGUUUUCCUUGGAGGCAUAAUGCACGCGACUGGUAACAAAGCCCCAGCAUUGGUGCCCAAGAAAGGAGAGUACAUGAUGAAGGACCUCCCACGAGUGGCAAAAUUCUACGAGGUGCCACUGCAUCUCGUAAAGGAUUUCCUAGGGACUGUUAUUGAGAAGGGCAGUCUGAAAGCCAUGCGCUUUGUCACAGCCGUGGAUAUGGCAGAGCCGCAGUUUUUGGAGCCCGUGUCUAGAGAACUUUGGAUGCGCAUUUGGUCCCGCGAUGAAGACAUAACCCAGCCAGAGAGCAUCUUGGCAGCUGCGGAGAGAGCAGGCUUACCCUCGGACCAAGCCCGAAAACUUUUGGAAAUGAGCUCCUCACCAGAGGUGAAGAAUCGCCUGAAAGCUACAACAGAGGAAGCACUAGAAUAUGGGGCAUUUGGGCUGCCAUGUUUUGUCACCCACGUUAAUGAAGAGCCUCACCUUCUCUUCGGUACGGAUCGUUUAGAGCUGCUGGGAAAUCUCUUGGGAGAGAAAUGGCUGGGACCAGUUCCCACAUCUUCUAAGCUUUAGCUCUGCGUUAUAGAGGAACAAUGGGACUUCUAAACAACAAAGGUUUGGGAGCGUCUGCUUCUACAAGGUGAACACAGGAGGGCUGAUGGGCAGAAGGCAACCCCAUAAACAUGAUUUGUGAUACUAGAGAAGGCAACACAGUGAUGAUAUCAACAUGCAAUGCACCUCAUGCACACUGGUGUAUGUCUAACGUACUUUUGACCCGUGUGAGUUGCUGGCACACCAGAGAUGUAGAUUUGCAUUAACAGGGAAGCUUCACUUUUAGUGGCUUGUUUUGGUUGCUGCUUCCGGCAAUUUAGUUAGUUGGUUGCAGGAAUUGAUCCAGAUAGUGCGAGUCAAUGAGGUGCAUAUUGCUCUUCAUGAGAGACUGCUCUUUGUUGGGGAUAUGUAAUGACAUAAUAAAAGGGGCCUGGAGGUGUAUCUUGUCCAGCUUGGUCAUUAGAGGGCUUUAAAGUACGGUGGGCAACAGCACAGCUCUGAAGUGUUGCAUAAUAGCAACAUUUGAUUCUUUUCUGAAAUUCAGAUGUGUUAUAAACAUCGGAAACUGACACGCACUAGGUCGGUAGUGUCUACUCUGACUGCCAACAACUCUAGGGGUAUCAGAGGGUCUGUCACGACCUCCGCUACCAACUUCUUUCAACAAGAAAUGCCAGGAGUUGAGAACCUUCUUCAUACGCCAUGUGCGCGUGAAUCUUAAUUUCAGCCAGCCACAACUUGAAACAACUGUUUGGGAAAAGAAGUGCCGUUGCAUUUCAAGCUUUGGAGCGCUGUUCUCCUGGGAGAAGUGUCUACAGUGAGCCUUAUUACAAGUAGAGCAGCUAGUUGCAGGAACUGAUUUCUUCUGUGCUUGGUGAACAUCCUCUGCUUAAGUGCUACAGCUAAAUCACUGUGGUGUUGUGCUUCACAAACAAACUAGAACAAGAAAUCACCCUGAUUUCAGGUCACACAGGUUUUU